CGAGGACGGCGACUGAGUCUGUGGAGCCGCCCCAGGAGCCGGAGCUGUCGCAUCCCCUCCUCUUCCACUUCCCGUUGCAAACAAUAAAGGCCCUUCGUACCGUAGCCCCUGCCGGAGCGCGGGCGACAUUUUCGCAGAAGUUUAUCUGGCCGACCUUGCCGGCACCUCCGGAUGGCAGCCCUGCGCCGAACCCUCCACCUGGCGAGCCUGGCGGCGGGGGCGCGUCGCGCCGUGGCGGGCUCCCUGGCUGGUAGCUGCCUGGCGGACCGCCGCCUCUGGGAUAAGCUCCGCGCCCAGCCCCGUCAGGGCAGCGCCGGCACCUUCGACUGGUUCUUUGGAUACGAGGAAGCCCAGGGGCUCCUACUGCCGCUGCUGCAGGAGGCACCAGCUGCCUGUCCGCCGCGGGUGUUGGACGUGGGCUGUGGGACCUCCAGCUUGUGUACAGGCCUCUACACCAAAUGCCCGCACCCAGUGGACGUGUUGGGGGUGGACUUAUCUCCUGUGGCUGUGGCCCACAUGAACAGCCUCCUGGAAGGUGGCCAAGGCCAAACACCCCUGUGCCCGGGGCACCCUGCCUCACGCCUCCACUUCAUGCAAGCUAAUGCCCAGAACCUGCAGCCAGUGGCUUCCUCAGACUCUUUCCAUCUAGUGCUAGACAAGGGCACCUGGGAUGCUCUUGCCCGGGGUGGUCUGCCUGGGGCUUACCAGCUGCUGUCAGAGUGCCUGAGGGUCCUAAGCCCUGGGGGGACCCUGAUUCAGUUCUCAGAUGAGGACCCUGAUGUACGGCUGCCCUGCCUGGAGCAAGGGUCCCAAGGCUGGACUGUGUCUGUGCAGGAGCUGGGCCCUUUCGGGGGCAUCACCUACUUUGCUUACUUGGUUCAAGGCUCCAAUUAAAGACUUCUAAAACCUGA